AUGGCCGCUAACGCUACCACCAACCCAUCGCAGCUUCUACCUCUAGAGCUUGUGGACAAGUGUAUAGGGUCAAGAAUUCACAUUGUGAUGAAGAGUGACAAGGAAAUUGUUGGCACACUUCUAGGUUUUGAUGACUUUGUCAAUAUGGUGUUGGAAGAUGUCACUGAGUUUGAAAUCACACCAGAAGGAAGAAGGAUUACUAAAUUAGAUCAGAUUUUGCUAAAUGGAAAUAAUAUAACAAUGCUGGUUCCUGGAGGAGAAGGACCCGAAGUAUAA